CGCAACAUGGGGAUGUUCGCGCAUGCGCGCUGCCGACAGCCAACUGUUGCGUCCUAAUGUGUACCGCUUUGUGAAAGCGUUUUUAGAACGGGCCGGUGUCGAGUUCGGAGCCGAACCGGGCCCCAGUUUACAGCCUGAGAGGAGGCUCGGUUCUGGUUCUGGUUCCGCCGUGGCGGGUGAAGCAGAUAACGGUGAGCGACGUCCGGAGACGACUUGUCUGAUCAGCAUGGAGCCGAUGGACGAGCGAGGAGACGUCCCGAGUCAGCAGUGCAGUAACUGUGACAGCUCGUUAGCCAGGUGUUGGUGUCUGGACUGUAACGAGGCUCUGUGUGACGACUGCGUGUCGGCCCACCGUCGAGUCUCGCUGACCCGAUGGCACCGCCUCCAGAACCAGGCGUCAGACGAUUCUGGGUUCGUUUCUCCCACCAAGUUCUGCAAAGUGCACCCGUCUGAGACCCUGAAGCUGUUCUGUGUCACCUGUGUGCAGCUCACCUGCAGGGACUGUCAGCUGGAGUCUCAUAAGAACCACAGUUUCAGAUUCAUCAGCGGCGCCAUGGACGGCGUCCUGCUGCUGAUGAAGAAGCAGCUGGACGUCUACCUGCAGCUGCUGGCAGAGAGGAUGGAGGCAGCAGCAAAGAGUCUGCAGGACAUGGAGACCAGGCUGAAGUUGCUGACUCGCUUUGUUUACAUCCAAGCAGCUGAUCUGCAGCGAGUCUUUAAAAUUAUGUUUGUCUUUCUGAAAAGAAGAAUUGAAUUUCUCCUCAAAGAGAUCCAGAAGGCGUACAAGUCUGAGCGGGAGCUGAUCAACGGGAGGAUGCUGGCGGUGCAGCGGCUGCAGGAGAGUCACAAAUCGCUCAGAGAGGUCACUGAAAAGGCCCGAAACUCAACCGAUCCUCUGGUUCUGAUGAGCCACAUCGAACAGAUGAAGUCUCAGAUGAAGGAUCUUGUGGACCAGGACUCGUCUCCUCCUCAGAACAUGAUCAGCGUCAUCGUGGUCACGGACAAUAAAUUCUUGGAAGGCUUGUUAAACUUUGGUGAAAUUAAGGUCUCGUGGGUUCCCUUUUCUGUAUCUGAAACACUCCUAGAAGGGAUGAAGAAACUGCCAGCUCCUUCUGUCUCCUCCCCCCUGACAGAGGCUCCUCCCACCAGCAGCAGCAGUCAGCCCCCCUCCUGUAAUAAAACCAACAGUAACAGAGUUUUCAGUCCGGUUUCAUCUGGAACGAGUUCCACAAACACCUCCUCCUCCAACCAAUCAGAGUCAUCCUCUAAAACCAGCCCUCAGACUGGGACCAGUCCUGGUGCUGUUCCUCCUGUCCCGCCUUUGUCCUCCUUGUCAAACAUCUCCUCCCCGCUCACUGAUUCUGAUCCCAGCACUGGGAAGAAUCCAGUUAGUCAGGUUCCACCUGCUUCCAGCCUCAGCUCCCUGGCUCACACACAACCCAGAACCACUACAGCUGCAGGGAUCAACACUCCUGAUCCCAGCGACAUCCUUUCUGCACCAUCACAGUCCACCACAAGUCCAGAAACCUCAGAGAUGGACCCAGCAGCCAUACUUCGUAAGUUUAACAUCCUGACCAAGUCCCAGUUGGAACUGGAUUCAGGGAAAUAUUUCUUUAAGUUUAGAUAUAAGAUGAAACCAGCUGACAGGAGGUCCUCUGGAGGUCAAACCACCUCUGUCUGUCAUAAAAAACCCUCCUCCUCCUCCUCCUCAGUUACUCCUUCCUGUAUGGUGACCUCCUCCAUCACCCCUCCUACCUCCAUGUCCAGAUCAGUGAUCUUACAACAUAUUCUCUCACAAAAUGCUCUGCCAGCUGUCGGGAGAGGAAACUUUCAGCCUGUCGGCUCCAGCUCCCCCUCCUCAGCAGGUCCAUUACUGAGCACACCAGCCCGGUCCUCAGGGACACCAGCCCGGUCCUCAGGGACUCCAGCCCGGUCCUCAGGGACACCAGCUUGGUCCUCAGGGGUUUCAGUCCAGUCCCCAGGGACACCAGCCCGGUCCUUGGGGGUUUCAGUCCAGUCCCCAGGGACACCAGCCCGGUCCUUGGGGGUUUCAGUCCAGUCCCCAGGGACACCAGCCCGGUCCUCGGGGGUUUCAGUCCAGUCCCCGGGGACUACAGCCCAGUCCUCGGGGUUUCCAUCCCAGUCCUCGUGGACUCCAGCCCAGUCCUCGGGGUUUCCAUCCCAGUCCUCGUGGACUCCAGCCCAGUCCUCGGGUCCAGCAGUCUGGUUUGACCCCAUCAGUCCAGCAGUCUGGUUUGACCCCAUCAGUCCAGCAGUCUGGUUUGACCCCAUCAGUCCAGCAGUCUGGUUUGACUCCAUCAGUCCAGCAGUCUGGUUUGACCCCAUCAGUCCAGCACUAUCAUCAGAACCAAACUUCUAA